GCGGUCGCGGGGUUGAUGACAUAAAAGCCCGGCUCCGGAGGGCCGGCACCGGCGUGUUGUGACGGCGGGAGGAUGGCGUCUCGCGGCCGGAGACCCGAGCACAGCGGACCCCCGGAGCUGUUUUACGACCAGAACGAAGCCCGGAAAUACGUUCGCAACUCCCGGAUGAUUGAUGUCCAGACCAAGAUGGCUGCGCGAGCACUGGAGCUCCUUAAUCUGCCUGAGGGUCAGCCCUGCUACCUGUUGGAUAUUGGCUGUGGUUCUGGACUGAGUGGAGAUUAUCUCUCAGAUGAGGGGCACUAUUGGGUGGGCAUUGACAUCAGCUCUGCCAUGCUGGAUACAGCCUUGGACCGAGACACAGAGGGAGACCUGCUUUUGGGGGAUAUGGGCCAGGGAAUCCCCUUCAAACCAGGCUCUUUUGAUGGUUGUAUCAGCAUCUCUGCCGUGCAGUGGCUCUGUAACGCUAACAAGAAGGCCGACAUCCCUGCCAAGCGCCUCUACCACUUUUUUUCUUCUCUUUAUUCUGUUCUGGUCCGGGGUGCCCGCGCUGUCCUGCAGCUGUAUCCUGAGAACUCAGAGCAGUUGGAGCUGAUCACAACCCAGGCCACAAAGGCUGGCUUCACUGGUGGCGUGGUGGUGGACUAUCCCAACAGUGCCAAGGCAAAGAAGUUCUACCUCUGUCUGUUUUCUGGGCCUUCCACCUUCCUUCCAAAGGGGCUGAAUGAAAAUCAGGAGGAAGACGAAGCCACCGAGUCCAUGUUCACUAGUAAGAGGGUUCGGCACAGGAUGGCGCGGCGAGGUUUGGUAAGGAAGAGCCGAGAGUGGGUGCUGGAGAAGAAGGAGCGCCGCCGGCGUCAGGGCAAGGAAGUUCGACCCGACACCCAGUACACUGGCCGCAAGCGCAAGCCCCGCUUCUGAGUGGCCACCACCGCGGGACGGCUGGGACCGCAGCGGGAGCAGUGCCGUCAGCUCAGCGCUCGCCUCGGAGGUUUUCUGUUUUGAAGUGUUUACUUCUGCAGUUGACAACAGAGUAUUUUAGAAAAGUUCUAAAAUUA